AUGGCACGUCGCGGACGUGGGUCCAGGCGCGCCGCAGCUCGAACUCCUACUCCAGUUGAACAGGAGUCGGAUCAAGAGAUGGUUGAUGUAGAUGAGUCGCGUGUGCAGACACCCUUAGAAGACGAGGGCGACGCGCAAGAUUCCGAUGCCCAACCCGCUGCUUCAGAUGCUGCCUCGCCGCCAGUCAUUCAGCAAUUUCCACGGAAGAAGCGCCUUGGUAGGCCGCCUAAGAAUCGCCCUCCAGACUGGAAUACCUCGGAGGUUGAUGCGAACUCGGAAGGCGGUACGCCGCAAAAACGUCGUCGAGGACGUCCGUCCAUGGGUCCACGCGGACGGGGUUCUCGGGGUGGAGCUUCGCAGAGCACACGGGUAGCCAUCGACAAAGAAGGCAACAUGAUGGACGUGGUGGGCGAUGAAGUUGCGCUGCCUGAGGAUCCGGAGGGUGAAGAGAAGGUUGACAAGAUGGGCAACUUGCAAGGUGGAAGAGAUUAUCGCGUGCGAGUCUUUACAAUUACUGGAAGAGGUGACCGUCUUUACAUGUUGUCGACAGAGCCGGCACGAUGCAUUGGCUUUCGAGACAGCUAUCUCUUCUUCACCAAGCACAUGCAGCUGUACAAGAUCAUAAUCGACGACCACGAGAAAAUGGAUCUGAUCGCAAGAGAUCUCAUUCCACAUUCAUACAAGGGCCGUUCCAUUGGUGUGGUGACUGCUCGUUCCGUCUUUCGAGAAUUCGGUGCCAAGAUCGUCAUUGGCGGCAAGAAGGUUAUCGAUGACUACUAUGCGUCGGCCGCGAGAGAGCGGGGAGAUGUAGAGGGGGAGAUCGCGGAGCCGAAUGACCGACUUCCAGCACCGGGUGAGCCAUACAACAAAAACCAGUACGUGGCCUGGCAUGGUGCCAGUGCGGUCUACCAUACCGGCGCACCCAGUGUUCCGCUUCAGAAUGGCAAACCCGUGGUCGGCAAACGUAAAGUUAACAUCACAUCUGCGAACUGGAUGUUUGAGCACGCAAGAUCAUCAAGUCGAUUUAACUCGAAGCUUGUGGCCGAUCGCCACGCAAAUAUGAGCGGAAUCUACGAUCCACAUACAAACAUGAUGCACUUCCCCAGAGCAACACAGCCAACACAUGCAAAGUGGGAAGAGAUUUCAGCAGAGGACACUGAACGUCCGGCUGUACGAGAGGGACUUCUCUUGGCUAAUGGUGCAACCGAAACGACACACUUAGUAGACUCGACCGAUCCCGUGACCACGAAUGCGAGUAGUAUGUUCUCGUCCGUGCCACCUGUUGUUUCACGCAACUUUCUCGUCACAGAUGCCUACUCGCAAUCACCAGCUAUCUCCAAUCUUGGCAUACCAGGACCAGAGGGCGACUUUUACGACGUUGGCACGAAUGGCCUUGCCAGCAUUCCAGACAGCAUACUCGAGGAUCUGCCCGCAGAAUGUCGAGAGGCGUUCGAAGACACGAAACGAGUGGAGCUCGAAUGGAAGCAAGGCUGGGGCACAGAAUCACAACACGGAGCUCGAGCCACACUACGGAUUGGAUUCUCCGGUGUGCCGGUCUGA